AUGGACCUUGACGACUACGUCAUUUCAGUGGUUCAAAUCCCGCCAGGCUACACUUCUAAAAUGCUUCUGGACACCUGCAAUCCUCAAGUAGAAAAAUUUCUUCGAAAGUUUAUGAAACGGUUAGUAAAGAAACCAGGUGCACUCUUCUCUCGUGUUUUACCGACUUCAAGUGAUCAAGGUGAUUCUCUCAGCCUGUGUGUUACAGAUUGUCAAACCCCUUACAUACCUUAUGUAAUAAAAGGAUCCGAUUCAUCUUGGCAUAUACGUCAGUUCCCCACACACAGACUGUCUGUUUGUUCACUAAAAAAUAACAAUGAUUGUGUUAUAUUAGAUGAGAAUAAAGAAGAACCUAGUCGUAAGUUAUUAAAACGAGCUCAUCCAGUUCGAGAAACCAGUCCUCAAUUAGUCAUCUCUAGCGAUGAAGAAAUCAGUCGACCAUCAAAAACGCGGAAAAUUGAAUGA